CCGUACGACGACCUAUGCGUUCCUCCGCGCAAGAAGUGAACCCGCCCGAACAAAACUCAAACCGAAGGCAAACAAAACCCUAAUCUGAACUUUCCCCAAUUCCUUCUUCCCCGCACAUCUUAUCGAACCUUCUAAGGUGGAAGAUCACCUUCUUGCUCUGAUAUUUCCCAAAAUAGAUACCUGAUUGACCUACGUGUCACGGAGGAAUUUUGUUUUUCAUACCAUUUAUUUCUAGUCUUAAUUGUCGCUUCCAUUUGCUUUGUAUUCAGCAUAUUCCGAUUCUUCUUCUCCUUCUGCCGUGACGAUUCCUUCUCUUUAUGAGCGCAUGGUUUAGUGUAAAUUUUUGGAGGAUACUGAUAUAAAACCAUGGGUAGCGGUGACAUGGAUAAAACUCCGAAAGAGAAGGAGCCAAAGACACCUCCGGCUAUGUCACAGGAGCAGUCUUCAACCCCUGGCACUGGAACGAUUAAUCCUGAUUGGUCCGGCUUUCAGGCAUAUUCUCCAAUGCCUCCACAUGGGUUCUUAGCAUCGAGUCCCCAGGCUCACCCAUAUGUGUGGGGUGUCCAGCAUAUUAUGCCUCCUUAUGGUACCCCACCACAUCCAUAUGUUGCAAUGUAUCCUCAUGGUGGUAUAUAUGCUCAUCCAUCUAUGCCUUCGGGAUCUUAUCCUUUUAGUCCUUUUGCCAUGCCUUCUCCAAAUGGUAUUGCCGAUCCUUCAGGCAAUACUCUUGGCAGCAUGGAAGCUGAUGGUAAGCCUCCUGAGGUGAAGGAAAAAUUGCCGAUCAAAAGAUCAAAAGGAAGUUUGGGUAGUUUGAAUAUGAUUACUGGAAAGAAUGAUAAACAUAAUAAAACACCAGGGGCAUCUGCGAAUGGAGUUCAUUCAAAAAGUGGUGAAAGUGCAAGUGAAGGUACUAGUGAAGGAAGUGAUGCAAAUUCUGAGAAUGACUCACAGCUGAAAUCAGAGGGCAGGCAGGACUCUUUGGGAGCUGAACCAUCUCAAAAUGGAGGUUCGGUACAUGCUCCUCAAAAUGGGGGACUUAACGUACCUCACAAUAUGGUCAAUCAGACUAUGAGUAUCGUGCCUAUCUCUGCUGCGGGUGCUCCUGGUGGUGUUUCUGGUCCCACGACAAACUUAAAUAUAGGAAUGGACUAUUGGGGUGCACCCACUUCAUCCUCUAUUCCUGCAAUGCGAGGAAAGGUUCCUUCAACUGCCGUUGCUGGAGGAAUGGUUACUGCUGGAUCACGGGAGGGUGCUCAGUCACAACUUUGGCUGCAGGAUGAAAGAGAGCUAAAGAGACAAAGACGGAAGCAAUCUAACAGGGAAUCAGCUCGCAGAUCUAGACUGCGCAAGCAGGCGGAAUGUGAUGAACUAGCCCAGCGAGCUGAGGCUUUAAAAGAAGAGAAUGCUUCUCUUCGCUCUGAAGUGAAUCGGAUAAGGAGUGAGUACGAACAACUGCUCUCAGAAAAUGCUGCCCUCAAGGAAAAACUUGGGGAAUUACCUGAGAAUGAGGAACAUAGGCCUACCCGGAAUGACCAACACGUGGAUAGUGACACUCAACAGGCUGAGCAGACGGAAGCCGUGCAGGGCAGUCGUUAAUAUGUAGCUACCUGCUUCAUGCUCAAGAUCAUAACCUAACCCAAUAGGAACAGCAAGUUUAUGUUUUGAAUAGCUUGUAGUUCAAAUCAAAUUGUUUAAAAGUCGACCAUUAAUAUAUAGUCCUAGGAUCUGUUUGUGCUCUAUCAUUACUCAUUUCUAAUUAGGUCAUCUAACAAUCAAUACAACUUGGAUUGUACUUAAUAGUGAAAUUCUGCGGUCAUUGUUUUCUUCGCAAGCUUAAGCUAUUAAAUAUGGGCAUGGGCAAUUUUUUCUUUUCAUGUUAUGCCAUCUAUUCCUUGUUCCCUUUA